GAAGAAGCUUCGUAGUUCCUUUACGCACUGCAGCUCAAAGACAAGCAGUCUCUCCAGCUCCCAGCUCCGGGGUUUUUAAGACACCUUGUGGAAGUCCGCAGUUCAAGUCUUCGCUCUUCAACAUUUUGCUGCUUUUUGUGCUUUGUCACUGAAAGCUUUGACUGUAUUUAGUUCGCCUGUUAGCGGAGUUGUCAAGGAAAAAAGAGAAAAUGUUGAGUGUCGCCAGAAGUGUUUCAAGGACUCUUCCAACCGGGAGCUGCACAAGAAACGUGUCAUCUUUGAUUAAGAAGGCCUGCUGGACCGGCUUCCAACCAGACGCUCUCAGAGCCCUGUCCAGGAGGGACUAUGCGUCUGAAGCUGUCAAAGGCGCCGUCAUUGGCAUCGACCUGGGAACCACCAACUCAUGUGUUGCGGUUAUGGAGGGAAAACAGGCCAAGGUGCUGGAGAACGCAGAGGGAGCCAGGACGACUCCUUCGGUCGUCGCCUUCACUGCGGAGGGGGAGCGUCUGGUGGGCAUGCCGGCUAAACGCCAGGCCGUCACCAACCCCCAGAACACGCUGUACGCCACCAAGAGGCUCAUCGGACGCCGCUACGACGACGCAGAGGUCCAGAAAGACUUGAAGAACGUCCCGUAUAAGAUUGUGCGUGCGUCUAAUGGUGACGCGUGGGUCGAGGCUCAUGGGAAAAUGUAUUCUCCCAGCCAGGCCGGAGCCUUCGUUCUCAUGAAGAUGAAGGAGACUGCAGAAAACUACCUGGGAACUAAAGUGAAGAACGCCGUCAUCACUGUACCAGCCUACUUCAAUGACUCUCAGAGACAGGCCACUAAAGAUGCUGGACAGAUCUCUGGUCUGAACGUCCUGCGUGUGAUCAACGAGCCGACGGCUGCUGCUCUGGCCUACGGCCUGGACAAGACCCAGGACAAGAUCAUCGCCGUGUACGAUCUGGGCGGAGGAACGUUCGAUAUCUCGGUCCUGGAGAUCCAGAAGGGCGUCUUUGAGGUGAAGUCCACCAACGGUGACACUUUCCUGGGAGGAGAAGACUUUGACCAGCACCUCCUCAGACACAUCGUGAAGGAGUUCAAGAGAGAGUCUGGUGUGGAUCUGACGAAGGACAACAUGGCUCUUCAGAGAGUCAGAGAAGCUGCUGAGAAGGCAAAGUGUGAGCUGUCGUCUUCACUGCAGACUGAUAUCAACCUCCCCUACCUAACCAUGGACGCCUCCGGCCCCAAACAUCUCAACAUGAAGCUGACUCGCGCUCAGUUUGAAGGCAUCGUGGCCGACCUGAUCCGUCGCACCGUGGCUCCCUGUCAGAAAGCCAUGCAGGACGCCGAGGUGUCCAAGGGAGACAUCGGAGAGGUGCUGCUGGUGGGAGGCAUGUCCCGCAUGCCCAAGGUCCAGCAGACGGUCCAGGACCUGUUCGGCCGCGCCCCCAGCAAGUCCGUCAACCCGGACGAGGCCGUUGCCAUAGGAGCAGCCAUCCAGGGCGGCGUUCUGGCCGGCGAUGUCACAGACGUGCUGCUCUUGGACGUGACUCCGCUGUCGCUGGGUAUCGAGACUCUCGGAGGCGUCUUCACCAAACUCAUCAACAGGAACACCACCAUCCCCACCAAGAAGAGCCAGGUGUUCUCCACAGCGGCUGAUGGACAGACUCAGGUGGAGAUCAAGGUGUGCCAGGGCGAGAGGGAGAUGGCGACGGACAACAAGGUGCUGGGUCAGUUCACUCUGGUGGGAAUCCCCCCCGCCCCCCGCGGCGUCCCUCAGAUCGAGGUCACCUUCGACAUUGACGCCAACGGCAUCGUCCACGUCUCCGCCAAGGACAAGGGCACCGGCCGCGAACAGCAGAUUGUGAUCCAGUCUUCUGGAGGCCUCAGCAAAGAUGACAUUGAGAACAUGAUCAAGAAUGCAGAGAAGUACGCAGAGGAGGACAGAAGGAGAAAGGACCGAGUGGAGGCCGUGAACAUGGCCGAGGGCAUCGUCCACGACACAGAAUCCAAGAUGGAGGAGUUCAAGGACCAGCUUCCCGCUGAUGAGUGCGCCAAGCUGAAGGAGGAGAUCACAAAGGUCAGGGAUCUUCUGACCAACAAGGACUCAGAGACGGGAGAGAACAUCAAACAGGCCGCCACCAACCUGCAGCAGGCGUCGCUCAAGCUCUUCGAAAUGGCCUACAAGAAGAUGGCAGCAGAGAGGGACGGCGGCAGCAGCGGCGGCAGCAGCGGCGGCAGCAGCGGCAGCAGCGGCAGCAGCGACGGCUCGAGUUCAUCGGAGGGAGAGAAGAAGGAAGGCCAGCAGUAGACACUUGCACUUGGUUGUCACAAGGUUACCAUGACAACAGAGGACUCUUUGCCUGGAGGGGUUUGGGGGGGGGCGUUAGUCAUUCUUACCGUAAUAUAUUAUUCUACUGUGUUUUGGCAGUAAAAUACUCGCAAACAAAUGAUAAAUGUCCGCGUACGCUACUCCACGACCCGUGACCUGUCUGUAUGUAAUUUAACUGUGUCAGACACAAUGUUUGUGUAUUUUUUUUUUUUUUUUUUUAUUUACGAAAGCUCUUGAUUCACAUUCUGAGUUAGGUGAAUGUUUGUCUCCUCUCGUUGUUUUUGUGCGUCAUCUUCAGGUCGUAGCAGUUUUGCGCCACGGGGUUCACGCAGAGAUUGGAGUGUCAUUCGAUCUAUUUAACAUGACACGAUAUAACAGGACAAAGCUCUACAUCUGUUUAUAGAGAUCUUGUUUUAAUAGUGAGCUCGCAACAGCUUCACUGUAAUGUGAACCUGAACAGAACUGCUGUAGUUAGGUUUUCAUUUCAUCAUUUUCUCUUUCUUUACGAAUGCUUUCAGGAAGGAAUUGUGAUCCCAUUGUGAUCUGUGUGAGGAUGAGUUCAAGCUUUAGUUAAUUUCUCAGAUCCUGUGUAGUGUGACAAACCCGAUCUUUGAGUUUCUUCGCAUCCUCUUUUUGUCGCCUGAAUCAUUUCUGUCUGUACGGUCCAUGUGAGAUGAGGCAGAGGAGUUGGGAUUAUUGAGGCUGAGAUUGCACAACACAGGAUGAGGCCUUAGUUCACCUCCCAUUAUUUCACACGGACGCCAGGAUACAAAGAACCGGUGCAGGGGUUUUGAGAAAUGUGAACCCGCAGAAAGAAAUCGUGCCGCUGCCACAAACUGCUCCGUGUAACUUUCUCCACGCCUGGUUGUUGUUGGUGAUCCAGAGAACGAGGUGGGAGGUAGUGAAAUGUUUUUUUUUUGUUUUGUUUUGUUUUUUUGCUGUUUUGGGGGGAAAUUAUAAUAUUACUGAGUGAAAUUUUGAGGGUCACGAUAACUGUUGUCUUUUCUAAUAAAAAAAAUCAAAUGUGAA